CGUAUCCCACCAGGACUGAAUUUGCCUAGGAGACAACUCUGCUUGCCUGCGUGAGCAAGACAUUUCUCAGAGUCUCUUGAGCUAUACGUUAACCGUGACUGCAGUUACUUGCCCUUUCCUGUGAAGCUUAUCAGUAAAGUAACAGAGCCCCCCGGCGGUGCGGUGCGGGCGGGGACCUAGUCAACUUCAGGCGGACCGGGCGUAGCAAGCGGCCGGAGCCGGAAAUGACGGAGGAGGAAGUCGACAAGCAUAUCCUCAAGAAAUAUGAGAUCCAGCAAAAGCUGGGCAAGGGGGCCUACGGAGUUGUAUGGAAAGCAAUUGACCGGAAGACUCGUGAGGUCGUGGCGCUGAAGAAGAUUUUCGACGCCUUUCAAAACGCGACAGAUGCACAGCGAACAUUUCGAGAAGUGAUGUUCUUGCAAGACCUGAACAACCAUGACAACAUCGUCAGGUUGUUAAAUGUCCUCAAAGCGGAGAAUGAUCGGGACCUGUACCUCGUGUUCGAGUAUAUGGAGACCGACCUACACGCGGUCAUCCGGGCCAACAUCCUGGAGGAGGUGCACAAGCAGUACAUCAUGUACCAGCUGUUCAAGAGCCUCAAGUACAUGCACAGCGGCGAGCUGCUGCACAGAGACAUCAAGCCCAGCAACCUGCUGCUCAACAGCGACUGCAUGGUCAAGCUCGCGGACUUUGGCCUGGCCCGGAGUGUGAGCCAGCUGAACGCCAGCGACGGCCAAAACCCCAUCCUGACGGACUACGUGGCCACGCGCUGGUACCGCGCCCCCGAGAUCCUGCUGGGUAGCACCAAGUACACGUUCGGCGUGGACAUGUGGUCCAGCGGCUGUAUCCUGGGUGAGCUGCUGAUGGGCAAGCCCGUCUUCCCCGGCACCUCCACCAUGAACCAGCUGGACCGCAUUGUGGAGUUCUGUGGGCGGCCCAGUCCCUCGGACGUGGAGGCCAUCGACUCGCCCUUCGCCGCCACCAUGAUGGAGUCCUGCAGCGUCAGCCAGGCGCGCCGCCUGCAGGACGUCUUCCCGCACGCCUCGCCGGACGCGGCGGACCUGCUGCGCAAGCUGCUGGUGUUCAACCCGCACAAGCGGCUGACUGCGGAGCAGGCGCUGCGGCACCCGUACGUGGCGCAGUUCCACAACCUGGCGGACGAGCCGGUGUGCAACCGCAUCAUCGUGCUGCCCAUCUCCGACAACACCAAGUACACAGUCAGCGAGUACAGGGAGCGGCUGUACGGCGAGAUCCUGAAGAAGAAGAAGGAGGUGGUGCGCCAGAUGCGCGAGCGCGAGGCGGCCAUGGCCGCAGCCCGCGCCGCCUCCUCCACGCCCGUGCCCGGCGGCGGCGGCAGCAGCAGCGGCGCCUACCACGGCCACGGCGGGGCCGGGCACCGGACCUCGAUGGACAAUGCCGCGCGCCGGCGGUCGCUGGACAACCCCAACGGGGCGGCGGGCGGGCGGACCUCGACCACCAACACGCACUACAGCAGCACGGGGGCGUACGGGGCUGUGCGCAGGUAGGCGGCCGCGGCGGCCGCAGUGGCAUGACAAGAGUCAGACUUAUGUGGGUAUCGAGUACGCUAAAUAACGAGCGUGUUUGGCUUCAUGUCCAAAGCGGAUGUGUAUGGUUGCAUGCGCAGUCAUGCCAGUAGUGUGUGGAGUGGCGGUAUGUGAGCAGGUCCAUGGGACCUGAGAUCUCUAGGCGCGAGCUUCUGCGGCGUGCGUGCAGGCCAGCGUGAGGGUCGCCGGCGGGCGAGAUGUGGGUUUAGGCGCGCUGCAUGGAUUUAGCUGUUGUGCAAUUCACACAAGAUGCUCUGGGUCCGCUAUGCGUUUGGGGUGGUGCAGGGUGGUGGUGCCGCUGCAGUACAUAUACGGGUGCCUCGGAGGCAGGGCGUGCGGGGGAGAGACGGAGGUGGUGAGGCUGGGCCAUGGUCCAGGGUCGCAGAGCGUGAGGUAUGAGGAUGAGAGGGAGGUGGGGCAGUGGGGCAGCUUGCUUACAAUGAGCGCGUGCGAGAAUCCACGCGCAAGCACAAGUCGGGUAAUACCAAGGAGGUGGCUGCCUUGGCAGGAAAAGGGCUGAUCCCGGGUCGUUAUCACCCAGCCACCUUGACGCGGGCGCCUACUAAGCACACGCCUCUAUGUUGGGGGCCUUUGGCAUCCCCGCAAAUCCGGACGUGGCCGGUUGGGUGGGGUGCACGCAAUAACUACGGUUUAACGAACAUAUCGACAGCGCAUGGUGUGGCACGGACAGGGGUGUUCCUGGGGGGCUUCGCCCCCCCCUGGAAACGAUCUCGGCCCGAGAGCGGCCCAAGGAUCUGCCUAGCAUCUCUGUCAAUAUCAUUUUGCCGUUUACUAGCUGCUGCUGUCCUACGCAUCGUAGAUAUGCUCCGCUCCUUCAUCUCUAUUGGCUCUGUGGCUGAGGCUCGCGCUGUCGCGCAUCGCGGCCGCU